AUAAUAUGGGUAUUGCGAAACAGUCUUGCGACUGCUGUCGCGUUCGUCGAGUAAAGUGUGACAGGAAUAAACCAUGUAAUCGCUGCACUCAGCGCAAUUUGAACUGCACUUAUCUUCAACCGUUGAAAAAGAGAGGUCCAAAAUCCAUUAGAGCAGGAAGCUUAAAAAAAAUAGCGGAAGUGCAGAUGGUGAGUAUGAAUAAUAAUAUUAUGACCGCUCCGGUGGUAUGUAAGAAGGUUCCGAAAAACCUGAUUGAUCAAUGCUUGAGGUUGUAUCAUGAUAACUUAUAUGUAAUUUGGCCAAUGCUUUCCUACGAUGAUCUUCACAAGCUUCUAGAAGAGAAAUACGAUGACUGUUGCGCCUACUGGUUUCUGGUAUCCCUUUCGGCAGCUACUCUUAGCGACUUGCAAAUUGAAAUAGAGUAUGAGGAAGGAGUCACUUUUACUGGAGAGCAGUUAUGCACUCUUUGCAUGUUAUCUCGGCAAUUCUUUGACGACCUUAGUAACAGCGACAUAAUUCGAAUCAUGACAUACUAUUGUUUGCACCGUUGUUACGCGCAGUUUGCGGAUACGAGAACUUCAUAUAGACUUUCUUGUGAAGCCGUGGGCCUCAUCAAGAUAGCUGGAUUCCAUCGGGAAGAAACCUAUGAAUUCCUUCCCUUCGGUGAACAACAACUCAGAAGGAAAGUUUACUAUUUACUUCUUAUGACA